CCCCGCCCCGCCCCGCCCUGCCCAGUCCCGGACGCGCCUCUGGGGCUCCCCGCGCCGCCCGGUCGGCAGCAGGGCGCUGAGCGAGCUCGGAGCCCGCGCUGUGCGCCUGCGGCCGGGGCGCCCCGCCGAGCGCCGGUGCCUCGGCUCCCGGGCCGCCUUCGCCGCGCGGGAAGGAUUCUUCAAAAUUAACAGAAACCAAUUCGGGCCAGCUGAAGAGAAAAAAUAAAGGUGGCUCCCGGCUGCCUCUGCUGCAGUUCAGAGCAACUUCAGGAGCUUCCCAGCUGAGAGCUUCAGGACGCCUUUCCUGUCCCGCUGGCCCAGUUGCCACAACAAACAACAGAGAAGACGGUGACCAUGGGGGAUGUGAAGCUGGUUGCCUCGUCACACAUUUCCAAAACCUCCCUCAGCGUGGAUCCCUCAAGAGUUGACUCCAUGCCCCUGACAGAGGCCCCUGCUUUCAUUUUGCCCCCUCGGAACCUCUGCAUCAAAGAAGGAGCCACCGCCAAGUUCGAAGGGCGGGUCCGGGGUUACCCAGAGCCCCAGGUGACAUGGCACAGAAACGGGCAACCCAUCACCAGCGGGGGCCGCUUCCUGCUGGAUUGCGGCAUCCGGGGGACUUUCAGCCUUGUGAUUCAUGCUGUCCAUGAGGAGGACAGGGGAAAGUAUACCUGUGAAGCCACCAAUGGCAGUGGUGCUCGCCAGGUGACAGUGGAGUUGACAGUAGAAGGAAGUUUUGCAAAGCAGCUUGGUCAACCUGUUGUUUCCAAAACCUUAGGGGAUAGAUUUUCAGCUCCAGCAGUGGAGACCCGUCCUAGCAUCUGGGGGGAGUGCCCACCAAAGUUUGCUACCAAGCUGGGCCGAGUUGUGGUCAAAGAAGGACAGAUGGGGCGAUUCUCCUGCAAGAUCACUGGCCGGCCCCAACCUCAGGUCACCUGGCUCAAGGGAAAUGUUCCACUGCAGCCGAGUGCCCGUGUGUCUAUGUCUGAGAAGAACGGCAUGCAGGUUCUGGAAAUCCAUGGAGUCAACCAAGAUGACGUGGGAGUGUACACAUGCCUGGUGGUGAACGGGUCAGGGAAGGCCUCGAUGUCAGCUGAACUUUCCAUCCAAGGUUUGGACAGUGCCAAUAGGUCAUUUGGGAGAGAAACAAAGGCCACCAAUUCAGAUGUCAGGAAAGAGGUGACCAAUGUAAUCUCAAAGGAGUCGAAGCUGGACAGUCUGGAGGCUGCAGCCGAAAGCAAGAACUGCUCCAGCCCCCAGAGAGGUGGCUCCCCACCCUGGGCUGCAAACAGCCAGCCUCAGCCCCCAAGGGAGUCCAAGCUGGAGUCAUGCAAGGACUCACCCAGAACGGCCCCGCAGACCCUGGUCCUUCAGAAGACUUCCAGCUCCAUCAUCCUGCAGGCUGCAAGAGUUCAGCCGGAACCAAGAGCACCAGGCCUGGGGGUCCUAUCACCUUCUGGAGAAGAGAGGAAGAGGCCAGCUCCUCCCCGUCCAGCCACCUUCCCCACCAGGCAGCCUGGCCUGGGGAGCCAAGAUGUUGUGAGCAAGGCUGCUACCAGGAGAAUCCUCAUGGAGGGCCAGAGGGAUUCAGCAUUCCCCAGAUUUGAGAGCAAGCCCCAAAGCCAGGAGGUCAGGGAAAAUCAAACUGUCAAGUUCAAAUGUGAAGUUUCCGGGAUUCCAAAGCCUGAAGUGGCCUGGUUCCUGGAAGGCACCCCCGUGAGGAGACAGGAAGGCAGCAUUGAGGUUUAUGAAGAUGCUGGCUCCCAUUACCUCUGCCUGCUGAAAGCCCGGACCAGGGACAGUGGGACAUACAGCUGCACUGCUUCCAACGCCCAAGGCCAGGUGUCCUGUAGCUGGACCCUCCAAGUGGAAAGGCUUGCCGUGAUGGAGGUGGCCCCCUCCUUCUCCGGUGUCCUGAAGGACUGCACCGUCAUUGAGGGCCAGGAUUUUGUGCUGCAGUGCUCCGUACGGGGGACCCCAGUGCCCCGGAUCACUUGGCUGCUGAAUGGGCAGCCCAUCCAGUACGCUCGCUCCACCUGUGAGGCCGGCGUGGCUGAGCUCCACAUCCAGGAUGCCCUGCCGGAGGACCAUGGCACCUACACCUGCCUGGCUGAGAAUGCCUUGGGGCAGGUGUCCUGCAGCGCCUGGGUCACCGUCCAUGAAAAGAAGAGUAGCAGGAAGAGCGAGUACCUUCUGCCUGUGGCUCCCAGCAAGCCCACUGCACCCAUCUUCCUGCAGGGCCUCUCUGAUCUCAAAGUCAUGGAUGGAAGCCAGGUCACUAUGACUGUCCAAGUGUCAGGGAAUCCACCCCCUGAAGUCAUCUGGCUGCACAAUGGGAAUGAGAUCCAAGAGUCAGAGGACUUCCACUUUGAACAGAGAGGCACUCAGCACAGCCUUUGUAUCCAGGAAGUGUUCCCGGAGGACACGGGCACGUACACCUGCGAGGCCUGGAACAGCGCUGGAGAGGUCCGCACCCAGGCUGUGCUCACGGUACAAGAGCCUCACGAUGGCACCCAGCCCUGGUUCAUCAGUAAGCCUCGCUCAGUGACAGCCUCCCUGGGCCAGAGUGUCCUCAUCUCCUGUGCCAUAGCUGGUGACCCCUUUCCUACCGUGCACUGGCUCAGAGAUGGCAAAGCCCUCUGCAAAGACACUGGCCACUUCGAGGUGCUUCAGAAUGAGGACGUGUUCACCCUGGUUCUAAAGAAGGUGCAGCCCUGGCAUGCCGGCCAGUAUGAGAUCCUGCUCAAGAACCGGGUUGGCGAAUGCAGUUGCCAGGUGUCACUGAUGCUACAGAACAGCUCUGCCAGAGCCCUUCCACGGGGGAGGGAGCCUGCCAGCUGCGAGGACCUCUGUGGUGGAGGAGUUGGUGCUGAUGGUGGUGGUAGUGACCGCUAUGGGUCCCUGAGGCCUGGCUGGCCAGCAAGAGGGCAGGGUUGGCCAGAGGAGGAAGACGGCGAGGACGUGCGAGGGGUGCUGAAGAGGCGCGUGGAGACGAGGCAGCACACUGAGGAGGCGAUCCGCCAGCAGGAGGUGGAGCAGCUGGACUUCCGAGACCUCCUGGGGAAGAAGGUGAGUACAAAGACCCUAUCGGAAGACGACCUGAAGGAGAUCCCAGCCGAGCAGAUGGAUUUCCGUGCCAACCUGCAGCGGCAAGUGAAGCCAAAGACUGUGUCUGAGGAAGAGAGGAAGGUGCACAGCCCCCAGCAGGUCGAUUUUCGCUCUGUCCUGGCCAAGAAGGGGACUUCCAAGACCCCCGUGCCGGAGAAGGUGCCACCGCCAAAACCUGCCACCCCGGAUUUUCGCUCAGUGCUGGGUGGCAAGAAGAAAUUACCAGCAGAGAAUGGUAGCAGCAGUGCCGAGACCCUGAAUGCCAAGGCAGUGGAAAGUUCCAAGCCCCUGAGCAAUGCACAGCCUUCAGGGCCCUUGAAACCCGUGGGCAACGCCAAGCCUGCUGAGACCCUGAAGCCAAUGGGCAACGCCAAGCCUGCUGAGACCCUGAAGCCAAUGGGCAACGCCAAGCCUGCCGAGACCCUGAAGCCCAUGGGCAAUGCCAAGCCUGAUGAGAACCUGAAAUCCGCUAGCAAAGAAGAACUCAAGAAAGAUGUUAAGAAUGAUGUGAACUGCAAGAGAGGCCAUGCAGGGACCACAGAUAAUGAAAAGAGAUCAGAGAGCCAGCGGACAGCCCCAGCCUUCAAGGAGAAGCUGCAAGAUGUUCGUGUGGCAGAGGGCAAGAAGCUGCUGCUCCAGUGCCAGGUGUCUUCUGACCCCCCAGCCACCAUCACCUGGACGCUGAAUGGAAAGACCCUCAAGACCACCAAGUUCAUCAUCCUCUCCCAGGAAGGCUCACUCUGCUCCGUCUCCAUCGAGAAGGCACUGCCUGAGGACAGAGGCUUAUACAAGUGUGUAGCCAAGAAUGACGCUGGCCAGGCGGAGUGCUCCUGCCAAGUCACCGUGGAUGAUGCUCCAGCCAGUGAGAACACAAAGGCCCCAGAGAUGAAAUCCCGGAGGCCCAAGAGCUCUCUUCCUCCUGUGCUAGGAACUGAGAGUGAUGCGACUGUGAAAAAGAAACCUGCCCCCAAGACACCUCCGAAGGCAGCAAUGCCCCCUCAGAUCAUCCAGUUCCCUGAGGACCAGAAGGUACGCGCAGGAGAGUCAGUGGAGCUGUUUGGCAAAGUGACAGGCACUCAACCCAUCACCUGUACCUGGAUGAAGUUCCGAAAGCAGAUCCAGGAAAGCGAGCACAUGAAGUUGGAGAACAGCGAGAAUGGCAGCAAGCUCACCAUCCUGGCCGCGCGCCAGGAGCACUGCGGCUGCUACACACUGCUGGUGGAGAACAAGCUGGGCAGCAGGCAGGCCCAGGUCAACCUCACUGUCGUGGAUAAGCCAGACCCCCCAGCUGGCACACCUUGUGCCUCUGACAUUCGGAGCUCCUCACUGACCCUGUCCUGGUACGGCUCCUCAUAUGAUGGGGGCAGUGCUGUACAGUCCUACAGCAUCGAGAUCUGGGACUCAGCCAACAAGACGUGGAAGGAACUAGCCACAUGCCGCAGCACCUCUUUCAACGUCCAGGACCUGCUGCCUGACCACGAAUAUAAGUUCCGUGUACGUGCAAUCAACGUGUAUGGAACCAGUGAGCCAAGCCAGGAGUCUGAACUCACAACGGUAGGAGAGAAACCUGAAGAGCCGAAGGAUGAAGUGGAGGUGUCAGACGAUGAUGAGAAGGAGCCCGAGGUUGAUUACCGGACAGUGACAAUCAAUACUGAACAAAAAGUAUCUGACUUCUACGACAUUGAGGAGAGAUUAGGAUCUGGGAAAUUUGGACAGGUCUUUCGACUUGUAGAAAAGAAAACUCGAAAAGUCUGGGCAGGGAAGUUCUUCAAGGCAUAUUCAGCAAAAGAGAAAGAGAAUAUCCGGCAGGAGAUUAGCAUCAUGAACUGCCUCCACCACCCUAAGCUGGUCCAGUGUGUGGAUGCCUUUGAAGAAAAGGCCAACAUCGUCAUGGUCCUGGAGAUCGUGUCAGGAGGGGAGCUGUUUGAGCGCAUCAUUGAUGAGGACUUUGAGCUAACGGAGCGUGAGUGCAUCAAGUACAUGCGGCAGAUCUCGGAGGGGGUGGAGUACAUCCACAAGCAGGGCAUCGUGCACCUGGACCUCAAGCCGGAGAACAUCAUGUGUGUCAACAAGACGGGCACCAGGAUCAAGCUCAUCGACUUUGGUCUGGCCAGGAGGCUGGAGAACGCGGGGUCUCUGAAGGUCCUCUUUGGCACCCCGGAGUUUGUGGCUCCUGAAGUGAUCAACUAUGAGCCCAUCGGCUACGCCACAGACAUGUGGAGCAUCGGGGUCAUCUGCUACAUCCUAGUCAGUGGCCUUUCCCCCUUCAUGGGAGACAACGAUAACGAAACCUUGGCCAAUGUUACCUCAGCCACCUGGGACUUCGACGACGAGGCAUUCGAUGAGAUCUCCGACGAUGCCAAGGAUUUCAUCAGCAAUCUGCUGAAGAAAGAUAUGAAAAACCGCCUGGACUGCACGCAGUGCCUUCAGCAUCCAUGGCUAAUGAAAGAUACCAAGAACAUGGAGGCCAAGAAACUCUCCAAGGACCGGAUGAAGAAGUACAUGGCAAGAAGGAAAUGGCAGAAAACGGGCAAUGCUGUGAGAGCCAUUGGAAGACUGUCCUCUAUGGCAAUGAUCUCAGGGCUCAGUGGCAGGAAAUCCUCAACAGGGUCACCAACCAGCCCGCUCAAUGCAGAAAAACUAGAAUCUGAAGAAGAUGUGUCCCAAGCUUUCCUUGAGGCUGUUGCUGAGGAAAAGCCUCAUGUAAAACCCUAUUUCUCUAAGACCAUUCGCGAUUUAGAAGUUGUGGAGGGAAGUGCUGCUAGAUUUGACUGCAAGAUUGAAGGAUACCCAGACCCCGAGGUUGUCUGGUUCAAAGACGACCAGUCAAUCAGGGAGUCCCGCCACUUCCAGAUAGACUACGAUGAGGACGGGAACUGCUCUUUAAUUAUUAGUGAUGUUUGCGGGGAUGACGAUGCCAAGUACACCUGCAAGGCUGUCAACAGUCUUGGAGAAGCCACCUGCACAGCAGAGCUCAUUGUGGAAACGAUGGAGGAAGGUGAAGGGGAAGGGGAAGAGGAAGAAGAGUGAAACAAAGCCAGAGAAAAGCAGUUUCUAAGUCAUAUUAAAAGGACUAUUUCUCUAAAACUCAAAAAAAAAAAAAAACUCAAGAUAGUAAAAGCACCUAGUGUGAUAGAUUAUCGGUUAGGUCAUUUGUGGGUUGAUUCUUCAGAAACAGCAGUUGAUACCUAGCAGCGUUAUUGAUGGGCAUUAAUCUACGUUAGCUGGCACCUUAAGAUACUAGUGCAGCUAGAUUUCAUUUAGGGAAAUCACCAGUAACUUGACUGACCAAUUGAUUUUAGAGAGAAAGUAACCAAACCAAAUAUUUAUCUGGGCAAAGUCAUAAAUUCUCCACUUGAAUGCGCUCAUGAAAAAUAAGGCCAAAACAAGAGUUCUGGGCCACAGCUCAGCCCAGAGGGUUCCUAGAGAUGGGAGGCCUCUCUCUCCCCACCCCCUGACUCUAGAGAACUGGGUUUUCUCCCAGUACUCCAGCAAUUCAUUUCUGAAAGCAGUUGAGCCACUUUAUUCCAAAGUACACUGCAGAUGUUCAAACUCUCCAUUUCUCUUUCCCCUUCCACCUGCCAGUUUUGCUGACUCUCAACUUGUCAUGAGUUUAAGCAUUAAGGACAUUAUGCUUCUUAGAUUCUGAAGACAGGUCCCUGCUCAUGGAUGACUCUGGCUUCCUUAGGAAAAUAUUUUUCUUCCAAAAUCAGUAGGAAAUCUAAACUUAUCCCCUCUUUGCAGAUGUCUAGCAGCUUCAGACAUUUGGUUAAGAACCCAUGGGGAAAAAAAAAUCCUUGCUAAUGUGGUUUCCUUUGUAAACCAGGAUUCUUAUUUGUGCUGUUAUAGAAUAUCAGCUCUGAACGUGUGGUAAAGAUUUUUGUGUUUGAAUAUAGGAGAAAUCAGUUUGCUGAAAAGUUAGUCUUAAUUAUCUAUUGGCCACGAUGAAACAGAUUUCAACUGAUAAAGAGCUGGAGAACUCCAUGUACUUUGGAAUCUCCUCCAAGAUAGCCAGAGUUUAAUACAUCUUCAUUCUCAACACUCUCCAAAGAACUUGACCUACCUUAUGGGUUCCAUAUUUUUCUUCUUAAAUGUGCAUCAAUCAUGCCUUGCCCCCAACCUUUAAAUAUAUUCUUAGACCUGGUAAAUGCACUCAGACUUGCGUCUUUAGGAAUUUUUAACUUUCUUUCACUACAUUGGCACUUAAAUUUUUUCUUUAUAAAACUUUUUGAAGGUCAUAAACAAAGACCAUAAUUGAUAGACCUAAUACAUUUCCUCUGUGUGUGUGUGUAACAUUCCAAAUACUUUUUUUUUCUUUUCCACUGUUUGUAAGGUGCAACAAUUUAAUAUUUUUAAGGAACUUUUUAAGAGUUCCUUAAGAACCAAUUUAAAAUUACUUCAGUGCAAUCCUACACAGUAUCAACAUUAGAAUUUUGAUAUUAGUCUUAUGUUAUCUUCCAUUCUAUUUUUAUCUGCUUUUUGCUGCUAGUUUCAAACUGCCAGUAUUUUUCCUUUUGCUUUUAAAAUAGUUACAAUAUUUUUCAUAAUAGCCACAGUAUUGCCACAGUUUAUUAUAAUAAAGGGUUUUUAUUUGAUUUAGCGCAUUCAAAGCUUUUUUCUAUCACUUUUGUGUUCAGAAUAUAACCUUUGUGUGCGUGUAUGUUGUGUGUGUGCAUGUGUGGCGUAUAUGUGUGUUACAGGUUAAUGCCUUCUUGGAAUUGUGUUAAUGUUCUCUUGGUUUAUUAUGCCAUCAGAAUGGUAAAUGAGAACACUACAACUGUAGUCAGCUCACAAUUUUUAAAUAAAGGAUACCACAGUGCAUGCUGUUUGUUCAA